UAUCAAGAGAGCAGUGAAAUUCACGCGCGAAAUUACAAGAAAUCGGCGCGCCGGAUUGUAUUCGGAUUUGAUGUUUUUGUAUUAUCACUGAUCAUCAACAUGCCAGGUCAACGAUCAAUAACCUCUUUCUUUUCGUCACCCAAGCCAAAGCCUUCAGUACCUCCUGAUGCAGUCAAAGAGAAUAAAACCAGUGACAAAAAGGUUCGUUCUCCCCUUCAUGCAAGGAACGGAUCACCUCCGAACGAGGAACCAGCUCGUAAGAAAGCUAGGAGGAUUCUGGACAGCGAUAGUGAAGAAGAAGAAAAUGAAGAUAAGAAACCAGUCAAGAUGGAAUGCGACGAGGAGGAACAGAGCAGGAAAGAAGACGUGAAAGAGAAGAAAACAGAUGUUGAGAUGACUUCUCCAAAUGUCAAAGCAGAACCACAGAUGACUUCUCCAAGCAUCAAAACCGAACCUCAGACUCCAACGUCCACUAAGAAGGAUGUCCCUCUCAGAAAGACGGCUCGAAAGCAUAUGAGGAAGAGAGAUUCACCUCCUAAACCGGUCAAAGAAGAAUCUAAAGACCAUGAAGAAGAGAAGAUGGAGGAAGAAAACAUUAAGACUGAAGAGAAGACUACUUCAAAGGUUAAAGAGGAGCCUACAUCACCAACAGAAAAGAAAAAGAAUGAAGACGAAUCACCUUCCAAAAAAUCCCCCAAACCAAGCAAAGUAAAAUCGCCCAGCAGUGACAAGAAGUCCAAGAAAUCUAAGACUGAAACAAAGAAAGAAAAACAAGUAAAGAAGGAAGAAAAACCUGUGAAAGAGGAAGAAAAAUCAGUGGAGACGAAAGAAGAACCAAUGGAGAAGAAAGAAUCCAAGAAAUCCACUGAGAAUGAUGUCAAAAAAGAAGCGGAAGAACCAGCAAAGGAGAAAGAAACCAAAAAGACAAAUACAUUCACAUGGGGCAGCAGCAGUAAAAAAUCUGAUGACAAAAGCUCCGGAACUAGUUAUAGACCCGGUUCUGCAUCCUAUCAUCCUGUGGAAAGUGCAUGUUGGAAAAAAGGAGAGAGUGUUCCAUACAAGGCUCUGGCAGACACAUUCUCCAUCAUUGAAGACACAAGUGGAAGAUUGAAGACCAUUGAGAUCUUGUCUGAUUUCUUGACCUCUGUGAUGCUGUUGACCCCCGAUGACGUGAAGAUGUGUAUCUACCUAUGUCUUAAUAAGUUAGCGCCUGCUUAUGAAGGUCUUGAGCUUGGUAUCGGUGAGACCGUCCUCAUGAAGGCAAUCGCACAGGCCACAGGGCGAUCGGUAGACAAGCUGAAAGUUGCUGCUGCAGAAAAGGGAGAUUUAGGACUGGUAGCAGAGAGCAGUAGAAGUACACAACGUACCAUGUUCACCCCUCCAAGACUGACCAUCAAGAAAGUCUUCUCUAAACUCAAAGAUAUUGCCAACCUUAGUGGGAAUUCAAGUAUGUCAAAGAAAGUUGAUCUGAUUAAAGGACUGCUAGUGGCCUGUAAGGAUUGUGAAGCUAGAUACCUCAUCAGAUCACUUGGAGGGAAAUUGAGGAUUGGUCUGGCAGAGCAGUCCGUUCUUGUAGCCCUAGGUCAUGCUGCUGUCUUAGCAAAGCCAGAGUCAGAUGAAAUGAUCCUUAAGAGCAAAGUUAAUACCUCAGAGAAAGUCAAGAAAGCAAUGGAAGAAGCAGCUCUCCUCGUCAAAACAGCAUACUGUGAGAUGCCAACUUACGAUGCUCUGAUUCCAGCGUUGAUGGCCCAUGGAGUGACGGAGCUUCCCAAUCACUGUCGUCUGACUCCAUCGAUUCCUCUCAAACCUAUGUUAGCUCAUCCCACCAAAGGAGUAUCAGAGGUCCUAGAUAGAUUCCAAGAUACGCCUUUUACUUGUGAAUACAAGUAUGAUGGUGAACGGGCUCAGAUUCAUCUGCUUGAGUCUGGUAAGAUUCACAUAUACAGCAGGAACCAAGAAGACAACACAACCAAAUAUCCUGAUAUCAUUGCAAGGCUCUCUGCAGCUGUUGACGAGAAGGUAACAUCGUGUAUCCUGGAUUCGGAGGCGGUUGCCUGGGAUCCAGAGAAGAAACAGAUCUUGCCAUUCCAGGUUUUGAGUACGAGGAAAAGGAAGGAUGCUGAUGCCGGAGAUAUUAAGGUCCAAGUCUGCGUCUUUGCUUUCGAUCUUCUUUACCUCAAUGGAGAACCCCUGGUGAGGAAACCUCUGAGAGAACGUAGAAGUCUAUUGAGAGAUCACUUCAAGGAAGUAGAAGGAGAAUUCAUCUUUGCCAAGUCCAUGAUCUCCUCCGAUACUGAUGACAUUGCUGAAUUCUUAGAGGAAUCUGUCAAAGGAAACUGUGAAGGUCUAAUGGUGAAAACAUUGGACAAGGAUGCAACCUAUGAGAUAGCAAGACGAUCACAUAAUUGGCUCAAGCUGAAGAAAGACUACUUGGAUGGAGUUGGAGAUACUCUGGAUGUGGUUGUGAUUGGUGGUUUCCAGGGGCGUGGUAAGAGAGUUGGUUGCUAUGGAGGUUUCUUACUCGCAUGCUACGAUGAAGAGAAUGAAGAGUUUCAAUCUAUCUGUAAGAUUGGAACUGGCUUCAAGGAAGAAGAGUUGGAGAAGCACACAAAGUUCUUCAAGGAUCAUGUGAUUGAUAAGCCCCGCCCAUAUUAUAACUACGACAGCAGUGUAGCUCCUGAUCAUUGGUUUGAUGCGGUACAAGUAUGGGAGAUCAAAGCUGCUGAUCUCUCAGUCUCACCCGUACACAAGGCAGCUAUAGGAAUAGUUGAUCCAGCGAAGGGUAUUUCUCUACGAUUUCCAAGAUUUAUCCGUAUCCGUGACGACAAAAAGCCAGAGGAGGCAACAGGGGCAGCUCAGGUGGCUAGCAUGUACAACAAUCAGGAUCAGAUCAAGAACCAACAAGCAAAUAAAUCCAUCAAAACAGAGGAAGAUUUCUAUUAAACCCCUCUCAGUGGAAAUAGAACCAGCUGAUCAAAGGAGGACCCUAAUUAAACAUGGCCUAGCAAAUCAAAUAGAUCAUCAAGCAAACAGAAGAAGAUUUCUAUUAAACCUUGCUUAUUUACCAUCAACAAGCAAGCAAAACCAGGAAAAUAGACAAAGAUUUCUAUUAAACUCAGUGUCAAAUCAGGAAUGAACGAGUGGACAAGCCAGCAAAU